GAAUUGGAUCCUGAUCUUGAUCUGAGACUUGAUGAUAUUGUAAAUCUGGCUUCUUAAAUUAUCAUGAGAUCUAUUAUUGAGUGAAGAUCCAAGGCUUAUUUCUUGCUUGACUUGAGAUCUAGUGAGACCAUGGAUCCUUACUUCAUUUUUUUAACAAUGCAGAGUCCCCAAAAUGUAACAACUCACAACAGUUAUGUUUUAGUAAUUUUACGUGAUUGCACAUCUAUAUUUUAUUGACCCUGAGACACUUGGGAACAAGGAUCCAAAUGUUGUGCAUGGUGGAAUCCACUGGUAUCAUAUGUCAUAAUAUCCAUGUUUGGGUCUAUUGUCAGAUUCUAUGAGAUUGUAGAUCCGGGAUAAACAUUUCAUGCAGAAUCUGAUGAGAUCAUAGAUCCUUAUUUGCAGUUUGUUUUGAGAUCCACUGAGAUCAUCAAUCCAUCACUCAGAUCCAUGCAGAUGCAGCAUAGCCCUAAUUGGUUCCUACAGAGAAGUGUGCAUCAUUUUAUACUGUUAUGACCAAAUGUGCCUAUUCUGGACUGGACUUGUUGUUGCUUAUGGUGGAAAGACAGCUGCCAGGCCUAAUACAAGUAUCAAUCUAUGAAGAUAAGGAACUUGGACUGAGUGCAGUGCAGCCAUGAUAGCACAUACCUCUGCAGGGCUUUGGACUCUGUUCUACUUUGUUUUUGCUUUAUGUCAGCUCUUCCCUCCAACUGAGUUCAUAACAGCUGGUCUUACCGCUGAAAAACUAUUUGCAUCCUUGUUUGGAUCUGAACAUCUAAACUUUGUGAACUAUCACAUGAAGAGAACAACAUGCAAUAUAGUUGCACACCUUUGUCUACCACUAGGCUACUGUCUGGGCCUGUGGUGGACGGCGGAGGGGCCGGGGCGCCCGCUGGCCAGCUGGGAGAUCGCCGCCGUCAUCGCCAGCGCGCUGCUGGCCGCUGCCGGGCUGCUGUGCUGGUACCGCUGGUGGCGCACUGACUGGUACUCCCACCCGCUGGCGCGCGUGCUCACCUCGUACAGUGAGACCGGACUGUGGCGUCAGACGGCCUCCGAGGUCAACCGCGAGUUCCGCAGUGUGGACAAGUUCGCCACGGACGCCGUCGCCGCGCACCGCGUCAUCAUCACUGACAACUGGCUCAUCAAACUGACACCCUACAAGGUGCAUCUGCUGCACGUGGACCACGUGUACCUGGACCUGGAGUCCAGCUCGGAGCCGCACGUGCUGAGCGAGCGCACGUGCCAGACGGUCACGUGCCGCGUGGUGAGCAUGAGGCCGGCGGUACCCGACUUUGUUAUUAGAGUGACAUCGGAGCAGCUGCCUGAGGUGCGUCACCGACUCGGCCGGCGCGUGCGCAACCUGCGUAACGUGGUGAUCCACCAGACGCUGACGGAGCGGUUUGUGGACGCGUUCCGCAGAGUGGUCCACGAGAACCUACCCGUGGUGGUAACGGAGGACCUGGAGCAGUGUAUCGGCUGCGGCGAGGUGCCCGCUGGCGUGCGCCUGGCGCGACAGUGUGGCCAGAUGGGACCGGGCGAGCCCUGCCGCGAGUGUAACUGCCGACCCAUGUGGUGCCUGGACUGCUUCGCAAAGUGGUUCGCCUCUCGUCAGGACCAGGACCAGCCGGAAACGUGGCUCGCCUCCAAGUGCCCUUGUCCCACGUGCCGGUCCACGUUCUGUGUGCUGGACGUGCGCCGCGUGCUGCCCGCACGUUCAUGAUGUCAUCCAUGUAUUUUGUGACGUCAUUGAGGGUACUGGUGGAUCUGGCGCGGCGAGGGAAGGGAAGACGUCGAGGUAAGUCGUUUGGUGCAUUUCCGAUGCUGUGGCUUAUAGCUCGUGGUGUGCCUAUUGAGGCAGGAUUUCUCGUUCUCUUGACAAGAAUGUGCGUGGUGGGCCAGAAGGUCCGCUCGUGCAGAGAUGUGACGCCACCGCCUGUGACGGGUCUGUCGUUGCCGAGCUGGGGGACCACGUAUCAACUGCGCAGCACUCUUAGCUCAAACAAAGUCUCACCGUAAACUGAGGAGUCGCUUUAAAAAUCACGGACAAGUCGCGUGCCCACCGUAUCCGCCAGUGUUAUGACUGGCCAGUUGAUAAGACAAAGUUGCCGAUAUGGCCAGAUACCGUGGGAUGGGCGGUAGAUAUGACACCAAGGACGUCAAGAGGUGAUUUGCUGGGGGUGUGUCAUGCUGACGCCGACUUUGGCUGUGCACGUGUAUGUAAGACGAGGGAGUGACAGAGGGGGGGGGGGGUGACGUCGAGUGCCUCACACGAAAGUCUGAAGUCUGCGUGACUGGCGAAACGUGCGAUAUCUCAGAACGGGGCUGAGUAUGCACAGCGCUGCUACCUGAAGUCAUGGAGCGAGUUGAGUGUUGAUAAACAUGUGUCUAUCACGUGCGCGAGAAGUGAUUGCCCACACCGUCUUGCAGUUGGCAUCCUUCUUAGUAUCUCAUAUAGCGUAAGUCAUGUAUGAUUUAUUGAGAAUUUUUUGUGUAUUUCACGCUCCGUCAGAAGUACUCGAGCUGUUUGUUAUGUCGAAUGAUGGCCAGUGACAGCUGAUUGUGAAAGAUUGGUUUGGAUUCUAGAGUUUUUAUGCUUGUAAACUCACAUCAAAUGUGGUGGUUUACAAGCACAUUCAUGUUGUGACGUGAUAGCCAUGUGCCUUGGAGCCAGUAAUGCGUUAGAUAUUUUUUCUGUUUCUUGUUUUGUUCUUCGUUGAGCGUAACAAAAUCGUCAGUUCUGUUCAUUGCUGGAUGCAUCAAUGUAUCGUGCGUACCAAUUUUUCGCGUAGUUGCGUAGUGUGAAGUGUUCUUUAAACAAUAUUACGUAUAUCGGUAAUUAAUAAAUUGUCAGUAAACUUAA